CAUAAUUCUUUCAACUCCGAUCUACCGUGUGCCCUACGAUUGGCUAUCGAAAUAUGACCCGAGAGGGAGGCAGAUUGAGGUUUCGAGCCGGGUUCUUUUUUCCUUUUUGCAUGAUGUUCUAAUAGUGGGCGCAUCGGGAUACUGCAGUCGGGACCAUCGGGUUCGUGAUGGUAAGCACAGAAUAGCUAUCGAGGCUAUACAGCUUAACGCAAUGUAAAGUGUUGUUUUCUGGGAGACGGUGUGUCUGGGGGUCUACUGUACUUGUAUAUAUAAUCCAUGGGACUCGCAACCUUUCUUACCGCACCGUCCCAUUGCGCUUUAGACAUCGCCGUCCAGUACAGUACAGUACAGUACCUUUGUCUGUACGGCAGCCCCUACUACCAUCACCACCCCUACACAAUCUCACUACCACCGCUACCAUUAUACUUCCUCCUCCCACUCUCUCGGACUUCCAAUAAUAAGAAUAUCUUUCCUCGGACAUUCUUUAAUCUCUGUUUCAUUACUUUGACCGACUGUACUCGCAAAAUGGCUGGUGCCAAAAUCAGCACAACUGCUAGCACUGCACCAAUCGAAGGGGUUGAUUCUGAGGAUGUCAGCCUCAAUGCGGGAUCACCCGCUCCUUCAAUGCAAAGUACCCUCAAAGACUGUAAGCUCGGCCCUCUCUCAAUUCUAGGUGGUUUAGCAGCCAGGAUAUUGACACUUGCCUGUUUUAGAUGGUCUCCUGGUAGUAUGUGUUGCAUCUGCAAGAUGAAUGGGCUGAAGAAUUUAUGUACUGAUAUUGCCGUGACCCGUAAAGUUUGGCGAAUUUCUAGGUAUUCGGUUCUGCACUCUAUUUCGCACCUACUUUUUUUUUUUUAAAAAAAACGGCCAACUAACUUCAUGUUUACAGGAACCUUCCUAUUCCUAUUCUUCGCAUUUGGCGGCACGCAGGCAGUCAAGAUCAAUCAUGUCGGCGGGGGGGGCUCCCCCCCUAAAGAUCCUACCGGUGCUGUUGUCACACCGGAUCUUUUGCUUUAUGUAGCCAUGUGCUUCGGGUUUUCCCUUACCGUCAACGUUUGGGUCUUCUACCGCGUCACUGGUGCAUUAUUCAACCCAGCGAUCACCUUAGGAUGUGUCCUUACUGGGGGGGUUCCGCCCCUCAAAGGUGUCCUGGUGGGAAUUGCGCAAAUUGUCGGAGGGAUUGCAGCGUCUGGCCUCGUUGAAGGACUCACACCCGGAGAACUAGCAGUUGGGACGACUCUAGCACGUGAGUAGGCGUUUUUGCGUGCUAAAACGUAGCUCCAGGAUUCAUGCUAACGCCGGGGGCUACAGCGGGUGUCUCUGUCGUUCAAGGGCUCUUUAUUGAGCUUUUUUUGACAGCGCAAUUGAUGCUCACAAUCUUUCUGGUAGGAUAUGCGGUGUUCUUGUCCAAGUCUCUCCAUCUAGGGUAAAAGCUUACAUUGUCUGUUUCCGGUUGCCAGCUUGCUGUGGAAAAGGUAUGAUCUCGGAACGCUUGCCCAGGUUUUUUGCACGAUGAAAUCUGACUGGCUGGUAGCAUCGUGCGACCUUUAUUGCGCCGCUCGGAAUCGGGCUUUCCUUCUUCAUCACACAACUUUUUGGGGUUUAUUUCACCGGCGGUUCACUCAAUCCCGCCAGGUCCCUUGGGCCAGCGGUUAUUACAGGCGAUUUCCCUGGCCACCAUUGGAUCUACUGUAAGACCCUCACUUUCCCCACAAGACUAUAGCCAGAUCCCUAACGCAAUUCCGCAUAGGGGUCGGACCUGCCCUUGGAGCAGCCCUUGGGGCAGCAGUUUACAAAAUCCUGCUCUUGGUCGAUUACAAGACACUCAACCCAGGCCAAGACAGCGACGGCCUCCCUAUUGUCCGUUGUGAGUAUGGUCCCAAAGGGAAGUUCAGGGGAGCUCAAGAAGGUCAGGUGAUAUCUGGCCCGAGUGGGACAGCAUCCAAGCUAGCUGAUGAGAAUGUCUAACAGCGAUACUGGGAUGUUUGCUACGAGUCAUGUUUUCCUCUUCGUUUGGCACGUGUAACUGCUUUCGUUCUUUUAGUCGCUUUAGCUUGUGUUGGGGAACAGGCCACAUUAGUUUGUUUUUGCAUUCUCCCUCCUUAUCGUUUUGUCUAUUCCCUAUAUCGCCUUCUUCCUCUUCUCUCUCUCCUAAUUACGCUUCAAGACUUAUAGUUAUGCCCAAAUUUAAACUAAAGAGGUUAUGACCAGGGCAGGAGACUUGGGCCCCUUACAAUUGAGCAAGGUAUCGCGGUUACCGCUAUAUGACUCCUUCUCUCUUCCUGCCACACAUAGUGUGGAUCUUGAGGAAUAUCUGAAUCUCAACGACGAGUUGGGUGCCCAUCAAUUCACCGGCCGCCACCUAAAAGGAAACGUAAUUGUCG